GGACCCUGGGCCAGGGCUCGGCGAGGAACGCCCUAAAGCGGAGGCGAGCUGCACUGCGCCAGCUCCAGCCAGCCGAGUGAGCGAGCGAACCAGCAAGCCAGCGCCCGGGACGGUAGAGCCAGCGGGCGAGGCGCGGGCGAGGCGCGGGCGAGGCUGGGACCCAAGCGCGCUCUCUGCUCCGCCAAGUGCCAACUUCUUGCGGACUGGCUAGGCGCGCACCUUCCCGCGGAGCGGUCAGCGGGAACUUGAGAUUUUAGGGUUGUUCUCUGUCCCCUUCCCCCGGGUUCAAAAUCCCCAUUAAAAAGCCAAACAACAGUUACAGCAAACUUGCUCUCAUCCCGCCGGCCCCCUCAACUCCCGGCACCAUGAAGGCGGCCGUCGAUCUCAAGCCGACUCUCACCAUCAUCAAGACAGAAAAAGUGGAUCUGGAGCUUUUCCCUUCCCCGGAUAUGGAAUGCGCAGAUGUCCCGCUGUUAACUCCGAGCAGCAAAGAAAUGAUGUCCCAAGCAUUGAAAGCCACUUUCAGCGGAUUCACAAAAGAACAGCAGCGACUGGGAAUCCCCAAAGACCCCCGGCAGUGGACAGAGACCCACGUCCGGGAUUGGGUGAUGUGGGCUGUGAAUGAGUUCAGCCUGAAAGGUGUGGACUUCCAGAAGUUCUGUAUGAAUGGAGCAGCACUGUGUGCCCUGGGGAAAGAAUGCUUCCUCGAGCUGGCUCCGGACUUUGUUGGGGAUAUCCUGUGGGAGCAUCUAGAGAUCCUGCAGAAAGAGGAUGUGAAACCAUAUCAGGUUAAUGGAGUCAACCCUACCUACCCAGAAUCCCGUUACACCUCGGAUUACUUCAUUAGCUAUGGUAUCGAGCACGCUCAGUGUGUUCCUCCCUCAGAGUUCUCAGAGCCCAGCUUUAUCACAGAGUCCUAUCAGACGCUGCAUCCCAUCAGCUCGGAAGAACUCCUGUCCCUCAAGUAUGAGAAUGACUACCCUUCUGUCAUUCUCCGGGACCCUCUCCAGACAGACACCUUGCAGACAGACUACUUUGCCAUCAAGCAAGAGGUGUUAACUCCAGACAACAUGUGCAUGGGGAGAGCCAGUCGUGGUAAACUCGGGGGCCAGGACUCUUUUGAGAGCGUAGAGAGCUACGAUAGUUGUGACCGCCUCACCCAGUCCUGGAGCAGCCAGUCAUCUUUCAACAGCCUGCAGCGUGUCCCCUCCUAUGACAGCUUCGACUCCGAGGACUAUCCCGCUGCCCUGCCCAGCCACAAGCCCAAGGGCACCUUCAAGGACUAUGUGCGUGACCGUGCUGACCUCAACAAGGACAAGCCUGUCAUUCCUGCUGCUGCCCUGGCUGGCUACACAGGAAGUGGGCCGAUCCAGCUGUGGCAGUUUCUUCUGGAAUUACUCACUGAUAAGUCUUGUCAGUCUUUUAUCAGCUGGACAGGAGAUGGCUGGGAAUUCAAGCUCUCUGACCCAGAUGAGGUGGCCAGGAGAUGGGGAAAGAGGAAAAACAAGCCUAAGAUGAAUUAUGAGAAACUGAGCCGUGGCCUUCGCUACUAUUAUGACAAAAAUAUCAUCCACAAGACGGCGGGUAAGCGCUACGUGUACCGCUUUGUCUGCGACCUGCAGAGCCUGCUGGGAUACACCCCCGAGGAGCUGCACGCCAUGCUGGAUGUAAAGCCAGAUGCUGACGAGUAAACGGACACAGAAGGGGCCGGGGGACCCUGCCCAGACCUUCCAGAGAGCAACCCUGUUGGUUGGACUCUUCAUUUUUAAUUGUUAUUCUAUGUUUUAUUUUCCAGAACUCAUUUUUCACAUUCAGGGGUGGGAGCUAAGGGAGCUGCAGCUGUAUUCCAUUGGCCAUUGGCGAGGCUGGAACAGAAGUCAGGACCUGUGGGGUGGGUGGGGCUGGAGGUUCCCGAGCAGAUUUUCAGGAGGGGGAAAAUGGUCUUUUCAGAAGCCUGAUGGACCUGGCUUGCAGAGGAAAAAAAAGACAAACAAACAAACAAACAAAAAAAACCUUAUGCGUCCAGUCAUUUCCUUUAUUCAUGAAAGAAAAAAUUUCAUCUUUAGUUGUGGAUCUACUAGCAGGAGGAAUUGUCACCUUAAGAGUAAAGAGGUUGAUGAAAGUCAGUUUGGAGGGUGGGAUGAAAACCGUUUCUUCAGGGGAUUACUGAACUCAAGAAUUAUUAACCUUUGUACUUUUUGAAACAAAGAUGGACUUUAAUGGAAGGGGUCCAAAACUGUUUUUAUGUUGAAGUUUAUUUUAUUAAAUUUUGUGCCAGUAUUUUUUUUCUUAAAAAAAAAUAUCGUCUUAAGCUCUAAGGUGGUCUCAGUAUUGCAGUAUUGUGAGUUUGUUGUUAUUUGCUGACUGAGGAUUCUGUCACAGUGAAAGGCAUCUGUUUAUAUAGACCCCAUUGGGACAGCCAAGCUUUGUAUUGAGAUCAGAGACCCCAGACUCUUACAGCUAAAGGAAACAAAUGCUGAUUUGGGGACAGGGGAACUGUGUGUGUGUGAAUUCCACCUGCGGUUUGUAGAGAAAUCCUGUCCUUUUACUUACUGUCAGGCUUUGGACUUAGUGUUAGUUAAGGGGCAUUAAGUCUUUGCACUGAAUGUAUUUUUGCAGCUCUGCUUUGGAAUUGUUGUUAACAUAGGAGCACUGUUAAAGUCUUGGUAAGGAAAUCCAAGGAGGAGGAUUAACCUGGUUUUGGUUAAAUCUCUACUGGAAGCAUAGAAGACUCAGAAUAAAAGCUGUUCGCAUGGGCAUUACCCCCUCAGGUCUUAAGGCCUAAAUGCAUGCCAUUUCAAAAGAAGAACUCUCCUAGAUGUCUUAUUUUUCCCCAGCAUCCCACAUUGCUGCCCCUCCCCCACC